AUGUACAACCCUAUACUCCCCGGCUUCAACCCCGACCCGUCCAUAAUCCGCGUUGACUCCUCCUUUUACCUUGUCACCUCCUCCUUCGAAUACUUCCCUGCCGCCCCUAUCUACCACAGCACCGACCUAGUGCAAUGGUCCCUGAUCGGCCACGCCCUCACGCGCCCCAGUCAGCUGCAGGUCCAGACGCCUGAGCCGGGCGGUGGCGUCUGGGCAACCACGCUGCGACACCACAACGGCGUGUUCUACAUUAUCGCAGCGUGCUUUUCGCGGUACAGACCACAACUAGAUGAGCGCGUCUGGCCGAGGGGGUUUUAUGUCAAGACGACGGAUAUCUGGGAUGAGGCGAGUUGGUCGGACCCGGUGUUUUUCGAUCAGGUGGGGUUUGAUCAAGAUCUGUUCUGGGACUCCGACGAAACCGUUUACCUCUCUACCACUCACCGCAAGUUGGCUCGCACCCCAAAUGCGAAUCUCAAAGACUUCGCAAUUCACAUCGCCACGGUGGAUCUCGCAACCGGUAACUCGACAUCCGAGCCGAAGCUCAUUCGUGAAUCCUCCUCCGGCGUGGCAGAAGGCUCGCAUAUCUUCAAACGCGGCAAGUACUACUACCUAUUCACGGCCGAAGGAGGCACCGAGAGCGGGCACUGCGAGUGGGUGAGUCGCAGCGAGGUCGGUCCGUUUGGGCCGUGGGAGCUGGGCCCGAAUAACCCGCUGUGGCGGAAUGGGGUGCAUGAUGAAGUGCAGAACACGGGCCAUGCGGAUCUGGUGGAGGACGAGAAGGGACAAUGGUGGGCUGUUUUGCUGGGGGUGAGGCCCGUCAAGAGGGAUGGCGGGUGGGAGGAGUCAGUCUUCGGUCGAGAGACCUUCCUGGUUCCGGUGACGUGGGUCGACGAUUGGCCUGUGUUUAAUGGCGGAGAAAAGAUAUCGCUGCAGAUCGAUGGUCCAGGGCUUUAUCACUUCGAGCAUCCUAUUGCAUGGAAAGACGACUUUUCGAGCUCCUCUUUGCAAUUAGGAUGGUAUAGGAAAAACACUCCGGUGAAAACGGACUACUCGUUGACAGAGCGACCGGGAUAUCUUCGUCUCCAUGGAGGACCUUACAAUCUCUCUGUUCCGGCGUGUCCGACUCUGUUUCUACGAAAACAGACACAGCGGCAUUGCACCUGGGAAACUCGCCUGUCCUUUCAACCGACAUCGGUCCAAACAGAGGCGGGAACGACCGUAUGGUGGAACUAUUUCACUUACAGCAGUAUCGGGAUUCGACUGUCUCCGACUAGGCAGAAGGACACUCGUAUAGUCAGGUUCCGGCCGGCGGAGGGAGAGACAGUCGAUGUAGAACUAACUAGUUCUGCUUCUGACGUUGUUUUCGUCAUUGAAUGUGGAGAUGCAUACAGGUUUGGGUUCAAGGAAGUCCGUCAAAAUGAAGACCUUGGUACGGUCCAUUGGGUUGGAGAAGUCAAGAAUCGAACGAUGACAGAGGCUUCACUCCCCCUCGGCGCUCCAUUUACAGGCAUGAUGUUGGGGUUGUAUGCUUUUGGAGAACUUCAGCGUUGUUUGGCUCCGGCAGAUUUUGAGUAUGCUGAAUUCCGGUAG